CUCGCUUAAAGGAGAGACCGUUCAAAAUGGCGGCGUACUUGGCAGUUGUCUGUUGUACAAAAUAGGUUAUCGGGGUUGGUGCGCCUAUAUGUGACCGAUAAUCCUUGCGAGAUCCCACGAGAGAGAGAGAGAGAGCUAAGGAAAGAAAAAAAAAGACCGCGAAAGUAAUAUUAUGAUCAUCGCCAGAUAAGAUUCGUGUAAACGGCGCGUUUUAAUCUCCCGUACAUCGAGGGCAUCCGGAAGAUAAUGGCCGAAAAUGUCACCGCAGGUGACGACGAGCUCCUGAAAAACAUUAAAACCCUCCUCUGGGGUUCGACCGUCAAGGAAGACAUUUUCAAGCGAUGGGCGCAAGGCUUUUAUUUCAGUAUAGAUGAACCUACUGCACUUGUACAGAGAGAAGGAGGGCCUUGCGCAGUGAUAGCCUCGGUUCAAGCAUUUAUCUUGAAACAGUUACUAUUGGAGAGUGAUGUUGUGACUUGGAAGACUUACAAGGCCGAAAAAUGUGAUCAAUUACUUAUAAAGGCUAUGAUUGAAAUUAUUAAUCAGGCUGUCAACGUUCGGGAUCCUAAGUACUCGAUAGUCUAUGCCAAUGACUCCAAUGACUUUGUAUCCAGCAAUGAAGGCUCUGAUUCGAAGUUGACAGAAUCUGCAAUAAAUUCAGCCCAAGAUACUAGCGAAGCAAAUCAAAUUAGUGAUACACAAGUUACGAAACAAGAGCGAUUAGAAUCGGAAGUUUUUCAUUCUCAAUUAAGGAUAUUUAUUACAAGAAACAUCGACGAUGUAGAAGAUUUCUUCACAGAACGAAUUGGAAUGUUAAAAGAUCAGUAUGGUGUUUUGUUACUACUUUACACAGUGAUGUGUACAAAAGGGGCUCCGGAAAUAUGCCUUGAAAUGUUGGAACCCAUAGAACCCAUGAUUGAUUCUACCUAUGGAUAUGGAAGUCAAAAUUUAAUAAAUUUAAUGCUCACUGGCCGAGCAGUUAGCCAUGUUUGGGAUCAUGAUCAAGAUAUUAGUGGAUUAAAAUUACGUGGGAUAGAUAAACAGAAUAAAGUGGGAUUUUUGACUUUGUUGGAGCACUUACGUUAUUGUGAAGUGGGAACAUUUCUAAAGUCACCAUCGCAUCCGAUUUGGGUAGUAGGAUCAGAUACGCAUUUAACCGUGCUCUUUUCUAUGGAGAAACGAUUAGUGAGUCCAGAAACACCGGCGGAGCAGGCACGAAGAGUUUUUAAACGCUUUGAUCCAGAAGGGAAUAAUUUUAUCGCAGCAAAUCAACUGCAGAAUGUAAUGGCGGAAUUAGGGCUUGUAACUGAUGCAGAAUACGUCAAUAUUAUAAGGAGGAAAUUGGAUAGUGAAAAUCUAGGAAUAAUACUUCUCGCAUUGUUUAUGGAUGAAUUUUUCCCCGAGGAACCAUGUAUGUGUCCAGACACAUUCGUCUUGUAUCACUACAAUGGUCUGCAACAUAGCAAUCCGGAAAAUAGAGUCAAGUAUCACAUGGGACAGGCAGUAUUGCUCGAGUGCACCGUGAAGUGUAUCAUGGAUAGCAAUCCAAUGUUGACAGUCCUGCAGACAAAGUGGCCAAGGAUUGAGAUACAGUGGGACAUAGGACGGAAUCCUAGUUUAAAUUAGACUUUAUAAACUGUAAUAUAUAUAUAUAUAUAUAUAUCUAUACAUACAUACACUGAACACAAAUACAAUAGGGCCGAACGCAUAGAGUGACUUGACCGAGCGCUUCUAUAGAAUAUCGUUGAGAGAGAAUAACCAUUUUAAGACCGUAGUCUAGUCAAAUCGGCCAUCCUCUGAUUCGUAUUGAUGAAUAUUGGUGAUACACUCCUGCCAAUAAGAAAUGUUAUUUAUUUCCACGAAAAUAUAAUGUAUUUGUAACACACAUGGUCAAAGUAAAAAUCUAUUACAAGUAUUUUACAUCAUUUAGAGCUGGUUUUUCCAACUUCUUGGUAAGUUUUACUCGA